AAAAUUCACUCAUAAAUAGCCCCAAAUCCAAAGCCCACUCACUCACACACUCCAAAACACACACUCAUCACAAAUGCUGUGUGUGUGUUUUCUCCUCCUUAACAACAAAUAACAACAAUCAAUCAAUCGGCGGUUUUCACAUAUCUCGAUACAAUUAUUCUUCAUCUUCCUCACAUUUCCACUUAUUUCAUCCUCUACAGAUGGAGCACGGUAACAACAACAACAACACUGAGGAAAUGUGGGAUUGGAAAGACGAAGAUUACGCGUUACAACUAGAUGUAUCUAACAGCCUGUGGAACGAUGUGCGAGAAAACGAUGAUGAUCUUUCUUACGUGUUUGAUGAAACAACCACCCCAGUGAAGUCGUGUGGGGAUUUGGGCUAUCAAGUUACCAGCAACGAAAUCGGAAGUAAGGAAAUGGAGAUAUGUUCCCAAUCAAAGAGACGACGAAUGCUGCACUUUGAUGAUGAAGGUUUGGAUGCAGAUGUACUUCCACUUUGCGAUGAGGUUCUUUCAUCCAGCUUUUUAAAGUCUAAGGAGAAGGUAGACUCGUUGGAUGGUGCAUUCGCCGACAUGGCACAAUGGGUGUCUGGAUUUGCUGAUGACACGUCUGUAUCUGGAUAUGACGGUUUGGAUAAAGCAUCAGAAGAGUGGUUGGCCGAUUGCCUUGUAAAUGACUCGGGGAUGCAUUUUAGCCUCGAUGAUAUGGAUAUAUCUGGAACAUCUGAUAUCCGGAUGCAUCUUACGGAUUCAGGUAAUUCACAACCCAAGAAUCAAGGUAAUAUGGUUCAAGAACACCACACGCCUACUCGUCAAAACAUCAUUUUCAAAGGGAAAAAAUCGUUCAUCAAAACACCAACAAAGAUGACAUCAUCAGUGGUUUCUCCAUUUGCUUUUGUAAAACCGUGUGGCGAAGGUGCGAUUACUCUAAAAGACAUAAACCAAAAGAUCCUGACCCCACCGCCAUCAAAAUCCAAGAAAGCUUACGAAGAUCCUACAAUGGCAUACCCUACGUCUGCAUUCUCGGGGAAACCUAUUGUUGGUAAAACAAAAAUCCGGACAGAAGGCGGGAAAGGCAGCAUCACAAUCAUGAGAACAAAAGGAUGACCAGAUAAGCGCUUAUUUUUUCUUUCGCGUAUUUGGCAUAGGACUUUAAUUAUAAAAGGAGAUAAAGAAAGAAAGAAUGUUGUGGAUCACAAGUGCAAGUGUUUGUAUGUUCAUGGAGUCCCUUUAGGGUGGUAGAUUCCUGUUUCUAUCCCUGAGUUGAGUUGACUGGAAUCUCUUAGGAUCUUUUUGUGUUAAAGAUCCUUCUUCUACCAUUUCUUUUUUUUUUUCAAGAACUUUUGACAAUGCUAAUUUGCUCAAUUAAUUUCAUUUCAACUUAUAUAAAUUACAAUUGUUUCUUCUU